AGCAUUUGGGCUCCAAGAAGACCGGUCGUGGCGUGAGAGAUGGGGGCUUUGUGUCAACGCGAGACGAAAGUGACGUGCCCCGAUGGGCUGCAACCAGUGGGCGGCUUCUGUGGUGGGCUGAGGCGUGACUACGGAAAACGCUUCAGUUGCGCGCACCUCAAGUCCGAUUGGCUUUCAGAUGUCGUCACAGCCAAGACCAUCUCAGGCGCACUCUUCUUGUUCUUCGCCACGUUUACCUCCACCAUUGCGCUGGGGAAGCACAUCAAUGACGUGACCCAUGGAGUCAUUGGCAUCAACGAAUACCUCAUCAUGAACAGCUUUUCCGGAAUGCUUCAUUCGGUCAUCGGCACGCAGCCGCUCUUGGUCUUGCGGCCCACAGGGCCCAUCACCUUGCUAUUGGAGAAGCUCCACGAAGCCAGCGAGUGGCUGUCGUUGCCCUUUUGGCCCUUGCUCGCAUGGACCGGAAUCUUUGUCGGUGUGUACAUGUUCUUGAUUGCGGCCUUCGAAGUGAGUACCUACAUCAAGUACGUGACACCCUUUACUGAGAACAUUUUCGCCACGUUCAUCGGCACCGUCUACAUCAACGAUGGAAUCCAGGGCAUGAUCCGUACCUGGGGCACCGAGGCGACCGACCUGGAAGCCCGAAAGCUCUUGGUCGUGAACUUGACGAUGGGCUGUUGUUUCUUAGCGCUCUACCUUAGCAACAUCGGGAACACAUCCUGGGGCACCUACUGCAUACGGCAGCUUUUGGCAGACUACGCGUUGACGAUCUCCAUUUUCAUCCUGGCGCUGGUGGCUGCGCUGCUGAACACACACUUCUUCCCCGUGGACUUCAUCGCCACUGAUGGUCUAGGCUUUAGCACCACUCAGACAAGGCCGUGGACCACCGAUCUCAGUGCGAUCCCGGCAGAGGGUGUGCUAGCAGCAGCUGUGGCAGGCAUCCCCAUCGUACUGUUUUUCUAUUUGGACCAGAAUAUCUCGAGCAUCAUGUGCCAAAAGCCGGAGAUGCACAUCAAGAAAGGUGCAUACUACCACUCCUCCUUCGCUUGCAUGGCCCUCUUCAAUCUGCUUGGGCCGAUUUGGGGUUUGCCCUUCGUCACCGGCUCCCUGCCGCACUCGCCGCAGUUCGUCCAUGCCAUGACCCUCACCAACAAGAAGCACCGCCCGAUCGGCGUGGUCGAGAAUCGCGUGGCGCCUUUCAUCGGCUACGCGCUAAUGACGGUGGGUUUGCUUUUCCCUCAGCUCAUGAGCUUGCUUCCGGAGACCGCCGUGAACGGCGCCUUGAUCUACGUCGGCCUCAAGGCGGCCUUGGGGACGCAACUCUGGGAGCGUUUCUUGCUCUUCUUCACCGAUCCAUCCGAGCCCCUGCCACCCUCAGGAUACAGCCACUUGCCCCGGAAGACCAUUUUCCUCUUCACCGCGAUCCAGCUGGUCUGCGUGGUCGGUUGUUGGCUUUGCAACAUCUUCAUCGGCCUUGGGUUCCCCGUUUUCGUGGUGAGUUUGAUCCCCAUCCGCUUCUAUUUGCUGCCCUGCUUUAUGGCCCAUGAGGACAUCGAAGCACUCAUUUCAGAGGAACCUCCAAAGGACUCUGACGAGCGCCCCGAUGUUGACAGCCCUGAUGGCCCUGACGCGGAGAAAGCCGUGAUGGAUGCCGAGAACGGCGAAGCAUCAGAGGUUGCGAACUCCACAGCGGAGAAGCCGAGUGCGACCAAUUUCUCCUUGUGAGCCGUCGGCCGGCCGGCCGUUUUGAAGCUGGAAAAGAGAACAAGUCAACGGCGUUUGCUUGAACAGACCCAAAAAGAGAC